GAUUCUCACGGUUGGACAUUUCCUUUCGAUUGGGGUUCCUCCCCGUGUUUUCCGCUCAUGUCCCCAUUCUGCAUUCGUACAGGAGUCCCCAAGAGCGGCCCGAAUUGACAAACGGGUAAAAGGGUUUUCUGUAUUUUCCGAAGAAACUGGAAAAGAGAAAUGAUUCCGCAGCAAUGGACGCCGCCGUGUAACAAUCAAUGCACUCACAAAUACGCCAAUCUCAUGCAAAUCCCUUGGAGAGUAUUCUGCAAAAAAGGGUGUGAUUCUGAUGGGGACACUUGGGAGGAAUGCCAAGGAGAAUGUGAUGAAAUUUGCUAUAAAGAUCCAGUUUUGAAGGAUCAAAAGUGGAGUUCUUACAUUGAUCGAUCUCCCGGUGCUGUUGGCUAUUCAGAGGAAUGCUUUCGUGCUUGCGUAGCUGGCUGUGGUUACAAGUUUGAUAUACCUGAAAUGGAAGUUGAAAAGAUCCGUCCGAAAAGGCCAUCAUCACUGCCAGAGAAGCCGCCACCUUGCCCUGCUCUUGAAACAAGACAACCUCAGAAACCUUGUCCAACAACUGAAGACAUUCCCGGAACUUCUGCAUAGGGAUGUCUGUCUGUGUUAUGUUAAGGUUAGUUUAUAGAUAGGACUUUAAGGUUAGU